CCAGGAAGUUAGUGGUGACGGAAGAAGCCGCCUGCGAACCCACAACAUUAACGACACACGAAACAGAGGCUCUGCACAUCCGCACAAUUUCUCGCUGAUUAGGGAGGGCAGUGAUACCAUGUGGAAGUCACAUGAACGACAAGGAUGAGGCAUAAACAACAAAGGGGCAGCUUGAGGAGAGAGACCGCUGCACAGUGUCUGCCAUAGGGAGGUGGGGGGUUUGCUGCUUGUAAGGGCCCUGCACAAGCAGCCCCCUGUGUCCCCCUUUCUUGAACAUAUGCAAUGAACAGCACUACUCAGCCUCCUGCCAUCAUAGAUGGGGAUGUGGCAGUCAGCUAUGUGUUGGUACCAUUUCUCCUCAUCACUAUCCUUGGGAUCGCUGCGGCUGUGGUCAUGUAUAUCCGUAAGAAGAGGAGAAUUGACAGACUCCGUCAUCAGCUGUUACCGGUUUACACAUAUGAUCCUUCAGAGGAACUUAAUGAAGCUGAACAAGAAAUGUUGUGGAGAGAAGAAGACACAAGGAUUGUACAAGGCUGGGCCAGGAGUUAUCAACAGCGACGCCCUCUUCUGACCAAAGACGUUGAUGCAUGAUGGUAGUAAACCCCGGCAUAGAACAUUUUCAGUGUGGAGACAGAAACAGAGAUCCAUCAUUUUUUUUCAUCAUCUUUGCUACCAUUUGCCGUUAUCUUUGAGCACAUCAGCAACAGUCAGCGUUUUUGUUUUCCUGUUGUACAGACAGAGUGACUUUUCAUUUGUGUGGUUCUGAUGCCAACCCUGUGUGCCUACCAGACGCGGUACCUUAAACUUAUUUAUUUGAAAUUAUUUAUUCCGACUUUUUACUGUGGUUUUCGGUGACGUGACUCAAAGUUAAGAAAGGUAGAUUAUAUCUAAAGACACAGGUUCCUGUAGGCUUACUCUGUUUACGUUCACAAUGUUGUUGUAUGGGCAACUUGCGGCAAGCAGUUAUGUUCCUGUGGGUUGCAGUAGGCGUUUGUACUGACUAUAAUUUAGGGGCUUCGUCCACAGUGUGGUAAAAGGGUGACUGUUCUGCACUAGUUAAAAAUCAUCUCUGCAAGGAUUUGUGAUCAUGGCCUGGAUUGGUUUUUUGCAGUGCUUUUAGAAACAAAUAUGGCUUCUUUGAGGAAAGUUCUGACAUUUGUUUAAACUUCAAAAAAUAGUUUUAAAUUUAAAGUUUUAUAACGUUAAAGGUAGAAAUAGUUUGCUUGCUACGUUUUUAUUUCAGUUUCCUUUUCAGUCAAAAGGUUGAACUCCCCCUCUUUGGUUUUAUUUUCCUCUCAGAAUUUAACUAGCUGCCCCACAAUGCAGAUCUUUUUGUGGUUAAGCCAAAUCCUAUGACUCAUCAAUGGCAUGAAAAGCCAGAUAUGGAAGUAAAUAACACCAACCUCCUCAUCUCCAAAUGAGUUGUGACUAGUGCCCUAAAUAUGUCCUGUGGCACCAACACAAAGUUACCUCCAGCUGAAGUCUGUUCAGAUGAAUGCCAUAGGUCUGACUGUAUCAAGCACUCAGGAAACCUUGCUUUCUGGAUAAAUUGUAACCUUUACAGACAUUUAUUUGCCUUGCAUUUGUGAAUGUAAAUUAAAUACUACAGAACUGAGCUGUUAAACUAUUCUUGAAGAGGAAGAUAUUUGUUGUAAAUAUAAAUGUCUUGGACAAAUAAUGCCUAGAUUUGAUGUUAUCAGGUAUGACAUCUAGAGGUGUUUGAGAGUGAGCUUUUAGAUCAGUUUUUCUGACAUUUCUGGACCCCAGAACAUGAAUCCACGGUGCUCCCCACUCAUCUUCACACCCCACUGUUCAUUUUCUAUGCAUUAUCUAAAGACUUUGUUCCUCAAUCAUGACAUUGAGUUGCACUGGUGAAAUGCCUGGCUAACUUCUCAUGAAAAGCUCUGAUUUCAGUUUGACAAGUUGGAAAACUACUGAUGUGUAAAAUGUGAAUUUUGCUGCACCGUUAUAAAAUUUCACCUUCAGGGUGUUGUACUAGUUUGUUGCUUUGAGAGAGAAUUGACGGGUUGACUUAAACAUUGGACAUGUAAAUAAAGUAAUAUAACUUUUGUGCUGUAAUUAUCAUUUGUAGUUUAAUUAAGCUAGUAGUGACACCAUAACCUGCAAGUGUACUUGAACCUUUCGGUGGGAAAAAAAAGUGACAGAAAAAUGACAAAGAAAAUUCUCUUUAUUGACCAUUUCUGAUACAAAUUGUUGUAGGGCACCAUAGAAAUAUAGACAUUGUACAUUUAUAUACGGUGUACAUUAAAAAGAAUGAUCCCAUCCUGUUGAGUUUACAGUAUAUAAAUGAACGGAUGCAAGAUGUACGUAAUGACGCUGAUAUGAGUAGUUGGAGGAUGUUGAAAGAGGACAUGAACUGACCAUUGUAUGAGUAUGGCGAGGGUGGCUGUGUGUGGUAGUGCCAAACACACUGUGGCCAACAGAACAGUUAAGUGGAAAGAAGAGCGCCCAGUCUGUCACAAACACACAAACAUUUGUCCAUGAAAAUCUGAACCAAUAUUUCAGUGCACCAGAAGUUUUUUUUUUAAAACGGAUAAAAACACACCUGCUAAUCUACCACAGUCAGUGAACACAGUUGUCAAGCUGACAGGUCUCCCUGACUUGCUUCACACAUUUAAUACAACCUGUCUGCAAGCUCUGGUUAUGCAUGAGCCAAGACUUGCUGUGUAUGCACACACAAUCACAAACUUGAUAUCUUUAGACCUCAUUACAGUCAGGUAAAAAAAAAAAAAAAAAAAAAAUACACAAACUUU